AUGGAAAUAAAAAGAAUAUUUCUCUAUGCAUUUUUAAUUGUUGUAUUAUUUAAUAAAAUAUCGGAAUCAUGUGAAGAAGAUUCAGAAAAGAGUGUAUGUUCAGCAACCUACUAUACUACUCCAAACAACGGAGCAUGUGGAUAUCAAGAUCUAUUUGGUCCAACAGUUGCUUUAAGUACUAAAUAUUUUAAUGGUGCUUCUUCUUGUGGUGUUUGUUUUAAUGUAUACCAGAAUAAUAGUGAUCCUAUCACAGUUAUUGUAACUGAUGAAUGUCCAGCUCAAUACAAUCAAGAACAUUGUGCUGGUCCAAACGCCCAUUUCGAUUUGAGUGUCGAUGCCUUUCAAGAAUUGGCUGAAUUGAAAAUUGGAGUUCUAGGUAAUCUUCAAUACGAGAUGGUUCCAUGUGAUUCCCAAGGUACUAUUAAGGUAAAAACCAAAGAUGGCUCCAAUGAUAAUUGGGCUGGAUUUAUGUUUUUCAAUCAUAGAGUUGGAAUUCAAUCGAUGGCGAUUCAAACCGAUAUAAACCAACCAUACCAAGAGAUUCCAAGAACCGAUUACAACUAUUUUAUUGUCUCUCAAAACUUGGCAGGCAGUUACUCUUUGAAGAUAAAAUCGAUUUUCAACGAGGAAAUCAUUGUUAAAAUGAAUGGAGUUCAAGCAAACUCAAUAACCGAUAGUGGAUUACAAUUUACUUCGUUCGAUGGUUGUGACAUUCCACCUAUUGCUUCAUCAGCAUUCACAAUAGCCAGUCCUGUACUUUUAAUAUUAAUAGUAACUGUAUUUUUAUCAAUAUUUAUAUAA